UUGGAUGGUACAAGUGACCGCGCCAACUUUCCCGCCGACCCUCGUCGAUCUCAGCAGAAAUGCCUCUGUCAUAUCAUCAUCCUCCGAAACUGACCUCCCGUCUGAUUUACCAACAUCUCCCCGUCCACGACCAGCACGCACUUUCUCUUCCCACGUUCGCAAAGCCCACAUAUCCAGCCACACACAACCAGAUCCUGCACAUGCCCAACAGCAGACUAAGGAGAGGAGCAAGAGUAGGAAGAGAUCACGAGAGGCAAGUAGGGCGAGGAGUGCGAAUGGCAGACUGGGGGCGCAAGAAUUUUCCUUUGGAGAAACUCUUGGAGAAGGAUCUUACUCGACAGACAAGAUGCUCGUCGCCCUCGCAGAGAAGAACGUCCUCGUCAAACUGGGUGCCGGUCACCCCGGUAUCAUGCACCUACACUGGAUCUUUCAGGACGAGUGGAGCCUAUUCUUCGUCCUUGACCUGGCGCCCAAUGGGGAGAUGCAAUCUCGUAUAUCAUGCCUUGGCUCCCUAAGCCUCGCCUCUUCCAGAUAUUACGCAGCACAGAUCGUUGACGCACUAGAGUAUAUGCAUGGGAAAGACGUCACACAUAGAGACCUCAAACCCGAAAACCUCCUUCUAGAUAGCCAGUUUCGAAUAAAGAUUACUGAUUUUGCGGAGCGAGGCAACACAUUUGUGGGCACUGCGCAAUAUGUCGCGCCAGAGUUAGAGACAAUGUCAUUCCAUCCCCUUUCUUCGUCCCUGGCAUCAGGAACGCCUGAGCAUAACUCAUCAAGGUACUGAUCCCACUUACAGCUCGGAUCUCUGGGCACUCGG